UAAGUGGCUGGCGAUACAGGGAAGGAGCAGAUAAUGAAGCGGAGCUCACCAGCGGCAGUCUCCUCUCAUUGUCUCAAUGGCUGCACACGCGUUCCUCCUGCUCUCCUCUGCCUUGCUGUCUGCCUUCAGCCAGCCCACCCUGUCCUUUGAUCAAGUGCCUGCACUCCUAGAGAGAAGCACAGAAGUCGACUAUGUUACAGAGGUCCCAUACCCAGCUGUGAGAAUCAGAGCGGGUGGUAUUGAUGGAAUGAGCUUGGUGGCUGAGGGUUAUGUGCCCACUGAGGAAAGCCCACUCAAAAGAUUACUGAAGCGGGAUAGCUGGCACCACCUCAACCAGCAUGGCCAUGACAAGGGCAAGAGAAAGCUGCUCCAGUCCCCCAUAUUCGGGCCCUACUCUCCUCUGAGCGUGGCCUACAAUGGCAAGACCUGCAUCCUGUUCAAAGCCAAGCGCCUGGCCGUCCGCUACAAGAACCACACCUUCAUAGACCUGACGGAGAAGACCUURGGACCCAACGCCCCUGUGGACACCAAGGGAUCCAUCUGCACCAAGGAGAAGGCUACGCUAUCACUGAAAUUUGGCGAUGUGGAGGACCUCAGGGGACUUGUUAUCAGGUUGCAGAUGUCCAACACAUUCUACGAGUCGGCAGGGCAGAACUGGUUCACCUUAGACAGCGUCCACAUCCACUACAACUGGACCCAUGAGGCUACAUUCAACGCCAGCGAGGUGUACGCCCCCGCCACCUCCUCCUAUCACUGCCAGCAUGUCAGCAGUCAGCACAAAUAUGACACCCUCCUGGUGCCCAGCUCACACACUGACACCUCAGCUAAUUGGCACAUCACGUUUACUGACUUCCAGAUCCAGGCGUUCAACGUCAUGUCUGAUAAGUUUGCGUCGGCCAGCGACUGUGCCACCUUCCUGACCCCAGCCAUACUGAUGGGCCUGGUGACCUCUCUGAUCCUGCUGUUGGUGCUGGCCUACGCUCUGCACAUGGUGGUGCACCUCAAACACAUCGACCGCUAUGAGGAACAUAAAGCUAUGGUGUAUUUCCCACGCAGGCUGAGCAAAGCUCUAGAGCGUAGGGCCUCACAGCAGUACGAGCUACCCGACAAGAACUGCCUGUGAGAGAGGGAGGAAGAGAGAGGGAGAAGAUAGAGAGUCGUGGAUGCUGGUGAAUGAAAGUGGGAAAAAGUUGCACCCACACUGUUUUCCAUGCUUCCAAAUGUUUGUUUACUAGUGACAACUAUUUUCACCUGUUGGCUUUUGCCUGUUCUCUAUUAUAAGACCAACAUGUUAACAUGUUAACAAUACUAAGCUAUCACAUUUUUUGAAGCAUUAAAACUGUGUUUGUCUACCAUCCUUCCUUUUUUCAUUGACCUGAACCUUCACAUUCAUUUCCUACCUAAGGUUAUUGGAUGUUAAAACCUCUUGAUCGUGGGGUUGAAGGUCAGGAAGAGACCAGGGGCCCUGGAGGGACACAGUGUCACCAAGCUUUCACCUCAGCCAGGCACUGAAGCACCCGAUUCAACAGUUAACGACUGCAGCUAACCCUGCCAUCGUCCAAGCCUGCUUAGGGGCCCUCACCCCUUAGCAUAACUGGGCUUUGGUGUGUGGAGUCCCCACUCCCAAUCCUAGCAUUGACACAUUGCCAAAUUCAUACCAAUACAAGGAAUCUUUUGUCGAAUCUCAUGGCAUUUUCACUGAAUUAGCUGCACUCUGUCAUAAAUUGAAUAAGGUCYUCUAGCACAGUGUUUCUCAAAUGGAGUGUGAGGAUCCACUGGUAGAUCACAGACACAUCUUACUGGGUUAAGAUUGUACUUGAGCUGGAAACUUGUUUGAGAUAAUCUGGAGGGUAUCUCAAGAAUUCUAGAGGGUUUUGGUGGUUCAUGUCACACAACUAUUUGGGAACCACUGGUCUGGCACCUGGCUGGAGUGAACUAGAUUGGUCACUGUGGCUCUCCUGAACCUCUGGGGUUUCCCACCCUGCCCCUGGCGUAGACUUUUGGGACUUGAAUGGACCAGCCACCAGUCUGAGGGGUUCGACUAACUAGCACAACAUGGGUUAGCCUGGCAGGCGCUAAUGGCUAACUCUCAACACUAAAGACUAAACAUGGAAAUAAGCUGCACAAGACUGCCCUUCUGAGGGCAACGAACGACGCGGGUCUAUAAGAAGACGUCACUCACUGAGAGUCUAUGGAGUACGGACAAGGGUGGUGAAGGAGCUGCCAGCCACYCUGCUGGGUUUUUGACUGCCAAAGUGAAGCUAAAGGAUUUUCCAUUACGCAUGACAAUGUGAACAUGAGAAGUACAGUUACAAUGUAAAUAACAAACGAAAAACACUCAAAUGUACAGAUGUAUCUCUCAGCUGAAGUUUUUUUUAAUAUACAGUGUAAUCAAGAAAUACUACUAGGUACAGGAAGGCUAUUCUACUACUGCUCAUAAUCACAAGGAUAUACAGUGCUGUAGAUAUGUUAAGGUCGUAUGAUCAUAGCUGUUUACUAUCUUCAGAUAGCGCACAAUUACAUAGUUAUCAGUUAAACAUUGUGCUAUGAGGAUCGGUGACAGUAUCAAUGCAUAUUGUUUUUUUUCUACAGUAUUACCAUAUAACACUGUCUGUCUUAUAAUUGUCUUGAACUGGGCCAGACAUGACACCCUAGAAGUACAGUCCAGUUUAAAGGUAGAUUCAGCAGUAUGACAUCAUUGUCCACAGUGGGGCGACUUCKUGCUUCACAGACACAAUAACAGAUUCAAAUCUGCCAAUAUUUCCCUUUCUGGGGAAGAGCCAAUAGGGGCAGUCUUGGCAGAUUARAAUUUUGUUGUUGUUGAUUUCUGUAAGCGGGAUGUCACCCUGCUGUGUGUGAUGAUGUCAUAUUGCUGAGUCUACAUUUGAUCCAACUGUGACUUUCCAGUACAAAUGUAAACAUAGGGACGAUACUUAUGGAAUGCCGUCCGUCCGCAAGUACAUAUAGAGGCCAUUAUACUCCAGAGACAACACUAGCAACCAGUAACAACAUCAGUAACUCACUAUUACAGAAUAACACUCAGCAUGACAGUAAGUAGAACUUACAUUCGAUAUGGCAGUUCUGUCAGUCUGUAGCAGUGUACUUUGGUCAUAAAUGUAUCCUACAAACUAUGAAACCAGUGGAGGAGGUUUCUCCAUGGAACAAUUUAUGUAGUUUGAUCAAUAAACAAUAAUCAAAUUAAAUUGCUAAGAGUCGCCUUGUUAUGUCUGGUGGGUUAUUUUGCCUUUACCACGGUAARGGAAUUGCACUGAGACUCAAAU